GGUUUGUUGGUUUGGUUGGAUUGGACGGACGCCAUUUUAUUAAUGUUGAAUUUUGUGCGUUUGGCGAAUGGAUAUGUACCUACUACCUUGUAGUUAUCAUUUUUUAAAUUAUUUUAUUACGCGGAAAUUUAGUGUUAAUGUCUAUUUAAAUGUGUAAUUAAUGUAUUUAUUAUUCUAAUUUACGUAUGGUAGAUUGUAUAUAGGUGUUUGAAUUGAAUUCACAGUUUUGAUUUUGGUGUAAUCAAAUCAAAUCACACCAUGUCCGCACACGAGCAAAUGAGGGCAAUGUUGGAUCAAUUGAUGGGCACAGCACGAAAUGGUGAGACGGAUAAGCAUGGAAUAAAAUUUUAUGAUGAUGCUGUGUGCAAAUCCUUUCUGUUGCAAUGUUGUCCACACGCAAUCCUUUCGUCUACGCGAAUGGAUUUAGGUGAGUGUCCAAAAAUACAUGAUCUGGCUCUUCGUGCGGAUUAUGAGUUAGCGUCGAAAAGUAAAGACUAUUUCUAUGACAUUGAUGCUACGGAACACCUGGAGGCGUUUUUAUCUGACUGCGACAGGAGAACGGCUGCGGCCAAGCAACGGCUUGCCGAAACUCAAGAAGAGUUGUCUGCUGAAGUGACAGAGAAAGCAAAUGCUGUACACGAGUUGGCUGAACAGAUCGGUCAGAAGCUGGCUCGAGCUGAAGCACUUGGAGAAGAGGGUAUGGUUGAAGAAAGUGUAAAGCUGAUGGGAGAGAUCGAAGAGUUGCGUAAGAAAAAGGCCGCAGCUGAACAGGAGUAUCGCAAUUCAAUGCCGGCUUCCUCAUACCAGCAACAGAAGCUGCGGGUGUGCGACGUGUGUUCGGCGUAUCUUGGUAUCCAUGACAACGACCGGCGACUGGCCGACCACUUUGGCGGGAAACUUCAUUUGGGCUUUAUUACCAUUCGCGAAAAGUUGGCUGAAUUGAAGAAAACAGUAGACAAGAGGCGGGAAGAGCGUGGGGCUUCAGAGCGCGAGCGCAGCAGCAGCCGACGGCACUACGUGGGCGGGCGCGAGCUGGACCGGCGCGCGCGCCGACACCGCGAGACGGCGCGCGACCGCGACCGAGCCAAGGACAAGGAGCGCGACCGCGAGCGCGAUCGUGACCGCGAACGAGAGAAGAGGCGCAGCAGAUCACGUAGCAGAAGCAAACGUGAAGGGUCCCGCGAACGCUCCCGCGGACGCGAUCGCGACCGCGAAUCCCGCCGCAGUCGCUCUCACCGGUCCUCAUCAAAAGAACGCAGGCGCGAAUAAUUAUGUUUCUCAUUUAAAAUAAUAAGCUCAUCAACCACAUGAAAUAGACUUCAGCCACUGCCAAAUAAUUCGUCAUGUCUUGUUAUCCGAAUUAAGGAACUGUAGUCCAUAUUCAUAAAUGACGCUGACAUACCCUUAUUCAUAAAAAAUAUAAAUUUAAGCUAAAGUAUGUUUUGUCUCAUUCUGUCAAUGUCAAGUAUUGUUAAAUGUGAUAGGGACAAAACAUACUUUAACUUACAGAAUGAUUUUUUAUGAAUAAAAGGUAGGUAGGUAUGUGUAGUAGCACAACAAAAUGAGGAUUUAUUUAGCUAUUACUACCAUCACAUGGGAUAGGAUUUAGUUUCGUUUUCAGAUGUGAUCUGUUUAUAGUACCUAAAUAGGCUGACAGAGAAAUAGGUAUAAGUAACGCAAUAAUAUAUUGUAGCUAAUUAUAUGGAUAUACAAAAUGACUUUUCGUAUUUAAGGGGUGUUAUAUUAGAUUCUGAACGGCAAUGUUUAACUUAUCGCAGUUGAGAUGAAAUCCAUUGGCGGAAAUUCUAUCUCAAUGUUGGUUUCGAAAUUUUAUCUUCUUAAACGACACCAUUCAUUUUCCGAUGCCAUUCAACUAGAGAAACAAGAUGUUGACUAUAUUAUAUAAGAACAUGAAUUGCAUUUUCUAUCGUUGCAUGAGGCCCAGUCUUCUAAAAGUAGGUUAGUUUGAAAUUCUAACAUUUUUCUUUUCCUGAAAUUUCUAAAACUUCUUUCCUUGCGCUGUUUUUAUUCAUUCUAACCAGAUAUUGACAAUGUUUUAUAACAAACAAUCAAUGUUAAUUUAUACUACAGGAGACAAACGGAACUUUGUUCUCAACACAUUCUGCAGUCACAUAUUACACCACUGGUCUCAUAAGAUUAUUAGAAUAUAUAUUUUUUGUUAUGUGAAAAUUAAUACCAGGUUUCAGUGUACAAAUUUGUGUUUGUACGGUGAUUAGAAAUGUAGGUUGCGAUUUACUUUUGUGUUUAAGUAAGAUUGUUAUUUGAAUAAAAUCGAUAUAUUGAA